AUGAAGAUCAAGGAUGCCAAGAAGCCGUCUUUUCCGUGGUUUGGGAUGGACAUUGGGGGAACUUUGGUGAAACUUGCCUAUUUUGAACCUAUUGAUAUCACUGCAGAGGAAGAGCAGGAGGAAGUUGAAAGCUUGAAGAGCAUCCGCAAAUAUCUGACUUCCAAUGUAGCCUAUGGAUCCACUGGCAUUCGAGAUGUUCACCUUGAGCUGAAAGACUUAACAAUUUUUGCUCGAAGAGGAAACUUGCACUUUAUUCGAUUCCCAACUCAUGAUUUGCCUACUUUUAUCCAAAUGGGAAGAAAUAAAAAUUUUUCAACACUGCAUACGGUGCUUUGUGCCACUGGUGGUGGGGCUUACAAGUUUGAAGAAGACUUUCGCACAAUUGGAAACCUCCAGCUGCACAAACUGGAUGAGCUUGACUGCCUUGUCAAAGGAUUACUGUACAUAGACUCUGUCAGCUUCAAUGGCCAGGCAGAGUGCUAUUAUUUUGAAAAUGCCUCAGAUCCUGAGAGAUGCCAAAAGAUGCCUUUUAACCUGGAUGAUCCAUACCCGUUGCUGGUUGUUAACAUUGGUUCAGGAGUCAGCAUUUUAUCAGUCCAUUCCAAAGACAACUAUAAAAGAGUAACUGGAACAAGUCUAGGUGGAGGGACCUUUCUUGGUCUAUGCAGUUUGUUGACAGGCUGUGAAAGUUUUGAGGAAGCUCUGGAAAUGGCAUCCAAAGGAGACAGCACACAUGCUGACAAGCUGGUUCGAGACAUUUAUGGAGGAGACUAUGAAAGAUUUGGCUUGCCAGGAUGGGCUGUAGCAUCAAGUUUUGGGAAUAUGAUCUACAAAGAGAAGAGAGAGUCUGUUAGUAAAGAAGAUCUUGCAAGAGCCAUAUUGGUCACCAUCACCAAUAACAUUGGGUCUAUUGCCCGGAUGUGUGCAGUAAAUGAGAAAAUAAACAGAGUUGUGUUUGUUGGCAAUUUUUUACGUGUGAAUACUUUGUCAAUGAAGCUUCUUGCGUAUGCACUGGAUUACUGGUCAAAAGGCCAGCUAAAGGCCUUGUUCCUAGAACAUGAGGGAUACUUUGGAGCUGUUGGUGCUCUUCUUGGGCUGCCAAAUUUCAGUUGAGAUACCAGAUGUCACUACACUGAACUAUUUUCCGCCUGAAUGACACUUGUUUAUGGCUGUGGGAACUAAAUCUGGGGAGGCAGAAGAAAAGAGCAGAUUUUCUGUAACUGUUCUCGAAGUGAUUAGCUACUGAAUAUUGCCAUUAUAAGGAAAGGGGUUUCAGUCUGUUGGGCAUUGAAAAAUGAACUGUUCAGGGAUAUCAUUUAUG